CGGCACCAGCUGAUGUCACUAUAUUGGCAGAUGCAUCAUUCCACGUCGCUGAAUGACUGGAGGAUAUCAUAUCCGGCUUUGCCUGAUUGGAAAGUGUGCAUGCUACCAUUUUAACUUCAUUGAUUUGAUUUUUACCACACCUCCUCAUCUGUGAAAGAGUCAGCUAUGUUCUCCUCGUCCAAGCCCUUCCUACUCUCAACCUGGACCUCCAUGGAGCAAGCUGACUCGGACGCUUUGGACAUCAGCACUAAAGUGCAACUGCAUGGGGUUCUGUGGAAGAGACCUUUCGGCAGGCCCUCGGCCAAGUGGUCCCGCAGAUUCUUCAUCAUCAAGGAGAGUUUUCUGUUGUACUAUGCUGAAAAUGAGAAAAAAAGCUUUGAGACCACUAAAUAUUUCAACAUUCACCCUAAGGGGGUGAUUCCAUUAGGUGGAUGUAUUGUUGAGCCAAGAGAAGACCAAAGCAUGCCGUUUGCCGUGGUCAUCACCCAUGAGGACUUCACUGGGAACAUUGUCCUGGCUGCGGAGUCUGAGUCUGAGCAGAGCCAGUGGGUGGAGAUGCUACAAGAGUCCGGAAAAGUCACUUGGAAGAAUGCUCAGUUGGGUGAGGCCAUGAUUGAGAGUCUUGAAGCUCAGGGGUUACAGCUGGCUAAGGAAAAGCAGGAAUACCUGGAUAAGCUCAUGGAGGAGACUGAGGAACUGUGUUUGCAAAGAGAAGAGAAGGCGGAGCUGGAGAGACUGAAUCAAUUGCUGGAAGAAGAAAAGCAGAAGUUUGAAGAAGUGGUUCAAGAGCUAAGAGCCGAACAAGAGCAAAUUAAGAUAGAUAUGGAUGGUACUUCACAGUGUCUGGAAGGAGUGGAAAAUGAGAAAGAGGAGCUUCAUCAUCUCACCACACUUCUGCAGAAGUCUUUAGAGGAGUUAUCCCAAGAGAAAAAGCGCACCCUCGAGCUGCUCCGAGAAAGAGGACAGGAUGCGGCUGGAACAGGAAGUGAACGUCGGGCCUCUUUAGACUCCCAUAAUCCUGAGGCGCAGCUGCAGGGAAACCUGUGGCAAAUCGAGGAGCAGAUGAGGAGUCUGCUGAAAGAGAAAGAACAGGCAGAAGACAGGCUGAAAGAGAAUGAGAAGCGAGCCAAAGUUCUGCAGGGGGAGAAGGAGUUUUAUUCUUCUCAAGCUCAAGCUCUCCAGCAGUCUCUCACACAGCUCACAGCAGACAAACAGCACACCGAGGAAGAGCUGAAGGCGGAGAUGGAGUCUCGUGUGGAACUGGAGCGUCGACUGAAAUUGGCUGAGGAAGCCCUGCAAGAUCUCGAACAGGGUCUAAAUGCAAUCGAACGCACCUGCGAGAGGGAGGAAAGAAUGAAAGGAGAUGUCAGCCAUCUCCGCAAGUUCUUUGAGGAAUGCAUCUGUGCUGCGGAGAUCGAGGCCAAGUUACCAUCCAUCAUGAAGAACGCAGUCUAUCUGCAUAAAGCUGCUGCUCGGCGCAUCAAAAGCUGCCGUAUCCAGAGACGGGCCUCCAGACAGCACUGGUUGAAGCACUCUCAGUCGUUCGCCUCCUCCCGCGGUGGUGCCUCCUCCACCAGUCUGGAAGAGUUGAAAGAAACCGCCCGGCGUCUAACUUCAGACUGUUUGAGACGAAGAGCCUACAAGAUCAUCACCCGUCAGGACACCGUUCAGUCUGAGGACUAACACGAUUCGGACAGACAGAGGGGAAAUUAACUCCCUAAAGUUUCAACAUGAUUCAGUAAGAGGAAACUACAAACACAGUGUUGUCAUCAUUUGGAAAUAUGUGUCUUUCAGUUGUAAAUUUAUAACACUGUAGGAUAAUAUAACUUUGAACUGUCAAAUGUUUGCUUUUAGUGAAAAUAGUGAAAAUAAAAUAACUAUAUUCCAACAUAGCUUCUAUGAAAAAUAUGUCCUUCAAGUUAAAAUGUAUUGUAACUGUAAUUGGAAAUGUAACUGAGAAAGAUGGCUUCAAGCUUCUUCAUUUUUAAUGAUUUGAUAUUUUUCACACUCUGAAUUGUGUGUAUUUUUCAGUGACCUUGGAUCUAGAAAUAUUUUUUUGGAAUUUUUUUUUUUUUUUUUUAAAGUAGAGCUUUAAGCCGAACCAGCUUAUAGAAAAGAACUACAAUCCCAUGAAGCAUUGCUAAUGCUGUAAAUUAGACAUUUAGGACCCCCUGAAAACAAGAUGGUAAUCCUAAUAAAUAAAUAAAACGUAU